UCUGUCUCUCCACCCUGGGGCUGUAGCCUUCAGGGAGGGAUCAGGGCCUGCAGCAUGGCCGAGGAGAAGAAGCUGAAGCUUAGCAACACAGUGCUGCCCUCAGAGUCCAUGAAGGUGGUGGCUGAGUCCAUGGGCAUUGCCCAGAUCCAGGAGGACACCUGCCAACUGUUGACUGACGAGGUCAGCUACCGUAUCAAGGAGAUCGCACAGGAUGCUUUGAAGUUCAUGCACAUGGGCAAGCGGCAGAAACUCACCACCAGUGACAUUGACUAUGCCCUGAAGCUAAAGAAUGUUGAGCCACUCUAUGGCUUCCAUGCCCAGGAAUUUAUCCCCUUCCGGUUUGCUUCCGGUGGGGGGAGGGAGCUCUACUUUUACGAGGAGAAGGAGGUGGACCUCAGUGACAUAAUCAACACCCCACUGCCCCGUGUGCCUCUGGACGUCUGCCUCAAAGCACACUGGUUGAGCAUUGAGGGCUGCCAGCCUGCCAUCCCAGAGAACCCACCCCCAGCUCCCAAAGAGCAGCAGAAGGCAGAGGCCACAGAACCCCUGAAGUCAGCAAAGCCAGGCCAGGAGGAAGACGGACCCUUGAAAGGCAAAGGGCAAGGGGCAGCUUCCAGUGAUGGCAAAGGGAAAGAAAAGAAGGCGCCGCCCCUGCUGGAGGGAGCCCCUUUGCGGCUGAAGCCCCGCAGCAUCCACGAGCUGUCUGUGGAACAGCAGCUUUACUACAAGGAGAUCACGGAGGCCUGCGUGGGGCCAUGUGAGGCCAAGAGAGCGGAAGCCCUGCAGAGCAUCGCCACAGACCCUGGGCUGUACCAGAUGCUGCCCCGGUUCAGCACCUUCAUUUCAGAGGGGGUCCGUGUGAAUGUGGUACAGAACAACCUGGCCCUGCUCAUCUACCUGAUGCGCAUGGUGAAGGCGCUGAUGGACAAUCCCACACUGUACUUGGAGAAAUACGUGCAUGAGCUGAUUCCCGCUGUGAUGACCUGUAUCGUGAGCCGACAGCUGUGCCUGCGGCCAGAUGUGGACAAUCACUGGGCACUCCGGGACUUCGCCGCCCGUCUGGUGGCCCAGAUCUGCAAGCACUUCAGCACCACCACCAACAACAUCCAGUCCCGCAUCACCAAGACCUUCACCAAGAGUUGGGUGGAUGAGAAGACCCCGUGGACCACGCGUUACGGCUCCAUCGCAGGCCUGGCAGAGCUGGGGCAUGAUGUAAUCAAGACACUGAUCCUGCCUCGGCUACAGCAGGAGGGGGAGCGGAUCCGAGGGGUGCUGGACGGCCCAGUGCUGAGCAACAUCGACCGCAUCAGCGCAGACCAUGUGCAGAGCCUCCUCCUGAAACACUGUGCCCCCGUCCUGGCAAAGCUGCGCCCACCGCCGGACAACCAGGACACCUACCAGGCAGAAUUCGGGUCCCUGGGUUCCCUCCUCUGCUCUCACGUGGUCAAGGCUCGGGCCCAGGCCGCCCUGCAAGCCCAGCAGGUCAACAGAACAACGUUGACCAUCACUCAGCCCCGGCCCACACUGACCCUGUCGCAGGCCCCUCAGCCAGGGCCCCGCACCCCUGGGCUGCUCAAGGUGCCCGGCUCCAUUGCACUGCCAGUCCAGACACUGGUGUCUGCGAGGGCGGCCGCCCCACCCCAGCCUUCCCCUCCUCCCACCAAGUUCAUCGUCAUGUCCUCCUCGAGUGCCUCCUCUACCCAGCAGGUCCUAUCUCUCAGCACCUCAGCCCCUGGCUCUGGCUCCACCACCACCUCCCCUGUCACCACCACAGUCCCCAGUGUGCAGCCCAUCGUCAAGCUGGUCUCCACAGCCACCACAGCUCCCCCCAGCACUGCCCCUUCGGGGCCUGGCAGCGUGCAGAAGUACAUCGUGGUCUCUCUGCCCCCAGCUGGGGAGAGCAAAGGGGGGCCCACCUCCCACCCUUCUCCGGCCCCUGCUCCAUCCUCAACGCCGUCCCCACUCGGUGCCAGUGCCCUCUGUGGAGGGAAACAAGAAGCUGGGGACAGCCCCCCUCCCGCUCCAGGGACUCCAAAGGCCAAUGGCUCCCAACCCCCUGGGCCUGGCUCACCCCAGCCUGCACCGUGAGGCUGCCUCAGCCACUGACAUUCCCUCUCUGGACUCGCUCACUUGGGGGGCAAGAAGUCUACUUCCUCUGUGUUACUUUCUUCUUAGAUGUACAGCCAGUUCCUCAGAAUAAAAGUUGGGUUUGUAAUUGA